CGCACCGCCCCGUGUGAGGCCGAGUCCGGCAAGCCGUGGCGCCCGGUGCCCGAGCCAUCGCGGACGCUGGAGGCUGGGCCCCGGGGCAGCAGCAGGCGGCGCGGGACUGCGAGCUGCCUCCAGAUUGACGAUGCCAGUAUGGACAGAAUAGCUGAUGAUGCUUAUCCCCACCCAUCACUUCCGAGACAUUGAGCGGAAACCAGAAUACCUCCAACCAGAGAAGUGUGCCCCACCUCCCUUCCCUGGUCCCUCAGGAACCAUGUGGUUUAUCCGCGAUGGCUGUGGCAUUGCCUGUGCCAUUGUCACCUGGUUUCUGGUCCUCUAUGCGGAGUUUGUAGUCCUCUUUGUCAUGCUGAUUCCAUCCCGAGACUACGCUUACAGCAUCAUCAACGGAAUUGUGUUCAACCUGCUGGCCUUCUUGGCCCUGGCCUCCCACUGCCGGGCCAUGCUGACGGACCCCGGGGCAGUGCCCAAAGGAAAUGCUACUAAAGAGUUCAUCGAGAGCCUUCAGCUGAAGCCUGGGCAAGUGGUGUACAAGUGUCCCAAGUGCUGCAGCAUCAAGCCUGACCGGGCACACCACUGCAGUGUUUGUAAGCGGUGCAUUCGCAAGAUGGACCACCACUGUCCUUGGGUCAACAACUGUGUCGGCGAAAACAACCAGAAGUACUUUGUCCUAUUUACGAUGUACAUAGCUCUCAUUUCCUUGCACGCCCUCAUCAUGGUGGGAUUCCACUUCCUGCAUUGCUUUGAAGAAGACUGGACAAAGUGCAGCUCCUUCUCGCCGCCCACCACUGUCAUCCUGCUCAUCCUGCUGUGCUUUGAGGCCCUCCUCUUCCUCAUUUUCACAUCAGUGAUGUUUGGGACCCAAGUGCACUCCAUCUGCACAGAUGAGACGGGCAUUGAACGCCUCCAACGAACGAAACAGCCCAGGGAGCAGUCGGGCAGCUGGAAGUCGGUCCAGGAGGCUUUUGGUGGGGACUUUUCCCUGAACUGGUUCAACCCUUUCACCAGACCUUGUCAACCAGAGACACCCAUUGACAAGGGCUUGGUACGGCAAGUGUCAUCUCUGUCAAACAUGGACAACAUGGAAACAGCCGAAAGCCAGAUGGAGGAGACAAAAGACAGGGACUCCGUGGAGGUGCUGGAUGAAUAGAGGUCAUGGAGAAUAAGAUACCCACAGUGACUGCCACCCUGAUGAGCAUUACCAGCUCUGUCACCCCACCCUCUUUUCCGUUAGGGUUGAGGUGACGGGAUGGGAAGGGCAAUAGAGGGUACAGGAGAAUAGGGACUUUCUCUGAGUUCCUAUUAGCAGGAUGUGUCAAAAGGGAUGGUCACUAACAAUUCUCCAGGCCUGGAAGGGUGCCUAUUCUCUAUCCAGCAAGGGAAAUGGUGACCAGGAUGUCGGGGUUAGGGGAUCCUCUUCUGCUUCUUGAGGGCUGUCUUGGGGAGGCUGAGGCUCUUGGGGAAGGGAUACUAACAUCAAGGAAGAUCACCCUGGAAAGCUAGAGAGACAGACCCCUGCCAUUUCCAGGGCAGGGAUUCCUUGGCUGGCUGACUGGGAAUCAGAACAAAGGAGGGGCUGCUGAGCCUGCCUUCAGGGCUCAGGCUUGGUUGAAAGAGCACCCCACACACCUGCACACGUGCACCCCACACACCUACACGCAUGCAUACACAUGUGCAGAGCCUAUCCAAAUGGAAACAAGCCUAGGUUAUGACAGUAUCGCCACCCUGUAGAUUAGACUCUUCCCUGAGACAACAGUGCAAGAGGCCUUUCUGUGGCCACAAGCAUGCAUUCCCAGAAGAGCUAGGUGAAGACAUAUAUUGAACUCCUGGAAAAAGUUUAAUAGGACAUGGGGACAGGUGAAACCAAAAAUGGCCUUUUUUGCAUUUUAGAGUAGCUCCCAAGACGGUGCCUUCCAGAACACUGCGUUGCUAGACCUAGUGACACACACAUGCCUUAUCCCCAACAUCUGGAGCAGGCAGCCAGACUUCUGUUACUUUGAAGUGAGCCUGGUCCAUGUGGGUCUGGCUACAUAGUAAAACCGUGUCUUAGAAACAACAAAAAAAGAACUGCAUGGUGGCCAGGACACGGAGACCGCUAAACUGGGAAGACCCUAGACACUGCUCUCCCAGGAUGAGCUUGGACCUAGUCUGCUCACUGGAGCUUGAGGUAUCGGGCUGUUACUGGUAGUCUGGGCAGGCCCCCUGCACUCCCCAGUCCAUUGCGGUGGUUGCCGCAGCAGCAGCUUCUACAGCCUAACCAGUUAGAUGGUCCCAAGAAACUCACCCAACUCCCCAACUCACGCCUUGAACCAUUCCUCAGUGUUGCCGGUACUGACCCUGGCAGAGGAUUGGAUCACACUUCUUCUUGCUCUAGGUAAAAGGACAUGAGCCCUGGGCCAACGGAACCUGUGGCCUCAGCGACAUGAGUCAAUCAAGGUACUGUCUCGACCCUGAGAAAGGAAAGCUGUAGGGAGCAAGUGGUAGUGAUUCCUGGGCAGCAUCGUAGGUAGUGCCACAGAGUGUCAUCAGGGCUUCAACAGAUGUGGCCUACUCCACCCCGUGCAAGUGACUUCCUCCAAGCAGGUCUGCUUUAACAUCUGUUAACAAUAACAUGAGGAACCCAAGUUGGCCCUAAUGUUGGCACUAUGUGGAGAGAGCUGACCUCUGGCUGCAGGGGCCCCAACCCCAAACAGACCUGGGUGGCCUAUGUGCUGAACCGUAACCAGAGAUUUCAUACCGAGGGAAAGCAGGGCUAGUGACCAGGUCCCCGAGGAGCAGCAGGUAAAAGAAGGGAGGAGCUCUGGAGUCAGGAUUUGUUAACUGAAUGUCCUCACACACUGAGGCUGAAACUAAUCGUCCUUGGGGACAGCUAGACCUCCAGCAGAGGUACUCCAGACCGCAGCCAUCUGUUUCCAGAGUGCUUCUCCUGGAAAGGUUGGAGUGUGCAUUUUGCUCUCACAGGUUUCAGUCUUCCGUAUUCCUCAGCAAACCCAUUACCAUGUCAGGCUUCAGCCAUGUUUGCUCUCAUGUCCAGGAGGUCCUGGACAGCCAGGGUUAUGUAGGCAGUAGUCUAUGCAGCCCUGGGCCUUGUACCUGCACACCAGGACACGAUGGCCUCUCCAUGGUGUCUCCUGAGAGUCCGCUCAGCGUUGCAGCUGUAAGAGGAGGCCCAGUGUUUCUGGGCCAGAGGCUGCUUGCACACCUGCCUCUUGCUUUGAAUAAAAGUUCUUUGGCCUACC